UAUGUUUGGACAGUUGUAAUUCACAUUGUGCGUUUGGGAAAUUCUGUAUGUCUGCAUAUUGUUGGGCUGAAAGGCAUGAGCUGCACAUUGAUGUUAGUGUUUGGUUGGAUUUGACGAAGCUGAAAAAAAAAAAAGUCUUGCAACAAAGAUGAAGAGGAAAGUGGCGAAAAAAGUAGGUAAAUUACGCCUGAGUCCCAACGAAGAAGCACAGAUUUUAAAAGAAGAACUUGAAAGACGAAGGAAACUGAGGUUACAACAGGUUCGAGAGCAGGAACGGUACAUUGCGCUGCAGGUCAGGAAAGAGGUCAAGCAGCGUCGUGAUCGAGAGCUCCAGAAUCUAGCAGAGGAGCUGAGAGUGGAAUGGCAGAGAGAACAGGCUGAGAAAGCCAGGGCACUGGAAACCCAUUAUCUGAACAGCCUGGAAGCUGUGGGAGAGGGUCACAGGGGAGCCAAAGAAAAUGAACCAGACUGGGCAGCCAUUGCAUGGAAAGUGGCAGCCAGCAAUCAAAAAGCAGAGGAAAGACACAAAGAAGCACUAAAAGAGUUAAAAACACAAAGGCAAAAACAGCUGGAAGAACAAACUCGACACAUUAAAGCUUGGAAGCAAGCAUUACUUCUGGAAAAAGAGAGAGCUUCAAGAGUUGCAAGUCUACCAACUCCACAAGACCCCUUGGAAAAUAUUGAAGUAAAGAAGCAUCCUGCAGUAAAAAUGUACGAUGUCAACAGUUUCUCUGUCACACACUACCAUCUGCCAGAGCCUUGUGUUAACAGGGAGGUUGACACAGAGCAGUUGGAUGCUCGUGUAGCAGCAGAAGAGGAGAGUAAACGCUUAGAUGAGUUGCAGAAGGAAGAAGAGCAAGAGAGGCGAGAGCAGCUGGAGAAGGCCAGGCUAAGGGGUGGUCAUGCCCUCCGAAUGGUCCAUUUGGCUCAGGACAAGGAGAGGUUGAUGAAGGAGCUGGAGCAGAUGCAACAUGCAGACCUGAACCGGAGGAGACAGGUUGUGGCACAGAUGCCUCUACAACUGUUUGAACCACCGUACAGACGUCUGGAAAUCAAAGAGGACUGGCAGCGAGACCUGGAGUUUGCCUUUGAAGACAUGUACGCUGGGGACAAAAAGGUGAAAGGAGACCUGGUUCUGCGGUUGGAGCCCGAGCCUUUGCCAGCUCCUUCUACAGGAUCACAGGAUGAGGACUUGGAUCUGACACUGGAACCUGAGGCAGCAGUCAGUACUGAAGAGGGCAGUCAGGAAAGUGAACCUGUCAGCCUCCCGGACAGAACAGAAGGUCCAGACCAAGAUCUGACUCGCCAAGCUGCUUCUAAGCAAGCAUUGAAGAAACUGUUUAGCAAGAUCAGGACCCAGAGAGACCAGUGGACAUCCAGAAGUGAAUCAGAGACGGCAAGUGAGGCCAUGACAAUUGAUUCUGGCUCACUAGCUAGUCAAGUGGUACAACAUCCAACUUCCAGCGUUCUGAGGAAUGAUGAUCAGCUGCAGCAUCAGGCUCUUAUUCACCAUCCUGAGGUGCCUGAAACAAUGAUGGAGGAACCUAUUGUUGCUGGCAGUACAACCCUGCUGCAUCCUAAAGAACAAGCAAUUCAAAUCCAAUCAGCUGCACAGAGAAAAAAACAGGAGGAAGAGUUAGAAUUGAAGAAGCAACAACAAAUUGCUCUUCUUCAGCAGCUAGAGGCACAGAAACGAAGCCUGGAGAUUCAUUUACAGAAGGCUCAACUGGAGAGGGAGCAGAUACAGGCUCAGAUGCAGGAUAAUCGGAAGACAAAUGUUAAUUCCCAAGCUCCUUAUGAAGAGGAACACGCCCCUUCUGUUGUAGUUCCUGAACAAAUGCAGGCCUUCCCACCAUCUUUAGAGGAUGACCAUUUACAGAAGAUUCAUCAUUAUCAACAGCGUCUCUUGGAACAAAAUCAGCUGCAUAAACAGUCAGUCGAAGAAGCCCGAAGGCGACUUGAGGAGUACCAGAUAAUGUUGAAGAAAAGGUAUCCAUCUUUGUCUACAGUACCCUUAGAUCUCAAUGCUGCUUAUACUAAACCAGAAGUAGAACUGGCCUCAGAAAGAAAGCAGCCAAAUUGGCCGGAUUUUAUUGCCGGGACAAAAAGACUAGAUUGUUUGCCUCCUGGCCCUCUCAAUUUACAGAAACCAGAAUGGCAGGAGCAGCGAGAGGCGCUCCACAGCAGGCUCACAGCACUUGGAGAAAAACGUUCUGAAUAUUCCUUAAAAGGUGGAGAAUUAAGAGGCAUUCGCUUAUCUCAAACAGAAAAUCAUUUACAGCCAGAAAUGCUAACUGUACAUCCAAUUCCCACACCUCAUUUUAACAAUAGUGCCUUGGGGUCAGAUUCACAACAAAUGCAGACCCAGCUGUCUCGCUUAAACACUGAAAGAGCCUUGAAGGAUGUUGGUACGGAGCAACACACAGAGAGACAUUUAGAACCAGCCACGAUUCCAAUAUCCCAAGUAGAACCAGUGCACAUGGCCAUACAAGGAACAUCUGACAGUGGGAUGACCGAGGUAGACAUCAGACGCUUUAUUGAGGUUUCAAAGAACGAUGUGGUGCCUCUAGAAGGUCAGUCGCCUAAAUUACUGAUGGGUACGUUUGAACCUCGGUGCCAGAGAAACUUGAUAGUAUAUCCUGAGGACAGUUCCUUCCCCAAGCCUUCGGAAACUCCCUGUGAUCAAGAGAGUCGGCUGGCGUCCUCAGUGGAGAUCCAGGCUCGGCAAGGGCAGCUCCGGGAGUUACAGGAGCAGCUCGAUAGGCAGCGAGAGGCGCUGCAAAGCAGGCAGAGAGUUCAGGAGGAAUCGCUGACCCACAAACAGGACCAGCUGAAGGAGCACAUGAAGAGACAACAAGAGGCCCUGGAAAUGUUUCUCACCGACAAGCAGUUUGAGCAGACGGCAGUAAUGCCAGAGACCAGUAAAGCAGAACAGUUCAAUCUGAUGACUUCCCUACUGCAAGCAUUAGAGAAAUCUGAUUGCACACUUGAUGAGUCACACAGUACUGAGCACCAGUCUAAUAUGCCUUCACAAGAAAAUGAAAAUAAAAUGCCUUCAUGCUACCAUCAGACAUUUAUGCAAAGUGGAACCACGGCUCAGAAUGUCCGUCAUGGCCAAGACCACCAACUCUCAAGACCACUGAAACCACCAGUUGCAAAACCCAGGCUAGGACUUCUAGGGGUCAUUGAACAACAUGAGCUCAGUGCAAUACAGGAGGUUGAAACGCCUAUAAGUGACAGCCUUCUAGGCGGAGAUGAUGAUGAUUUCAGUGUUGCUAUGGAUGGAGGUAUGAAAGAGGAGAAUGGAGUCUCAAAGCUUUCUCUCGGCAACAAAGAAGGAAGCUGUAGCGAGAGCAGUAAAAGUACUGGGCGCUUAAGCAGACUGUCGUGGAGGGAGAUGUUGAUGAUGGAAACCCGCACGUUCUCAGAACAAGCUCCUUCUAGUGACCCCACACAUUCAGUGGCUGUGGAUCUGCCGUUUUACUCCGCUGAUAUUGGACGAGGUGUAUUAAGCUACCCUGGACCAGUCAUUUUAAGGUUUAAAUCAAGUAAUAAGGUGAUGCAUCCUCAGUCUGAUCUGGAUCCUCUUUUCAUACCGUUCCAUAAAACAUCUGAGCAAGAUUGCAUGUCAUCUACUACAAUUUCUACUGGAAGUCUUUCCACCAAUGAACAGGAUGUCGGCUCCACUGAUGUCUCUCUUCAAUCUUCACAACGUAUGCAAGGCAGGUACUUGGCGGGUAAAGCAGGAAGCCACAGCAGCACUUCAGUAUUCAUGACUCCCUCUCCUGAAUGUCCCGGUGUCAUAGAAACCUCUGUUCCUGUGUCGCAUGGAGCAGAAUCAAGCCUCAAUGGGAGUAGAAUUCAGCGCAUUAUUGACAAAUACACCAAAGAACUGAAUCAAUCCCUCGAUGAUGGGAAUGGAUCCCCAGCUGGAAUGGAUAUUUCUGACUCUGACUGUCAUCUUCCACUGCGGUUUGAAAAACCUGACUCCAGUCUGCAGUUUCAGGCUCUGGAACCAAGACCAGAUUAUAGUAUUUCAAUGUCCUCUUCAUCUCAACAAUCUAGGAUGUUUGAGAAUCAUUCUGAGGAUUCAAAUACCUCUACACAAAGGAAUGUGACUGGCUUCAAUGCAGAACAGUUGCACAUUAACAGCCCCACUGGGCCAGAAGCAGAGGCCCCUGAUGUAAGCAAUGAAAUAACAGUGGGGCGUAUUCAAGGAAAUAUUACUUUUGCACCCCCAGCUGGACUGGAUAUUUCUGACUUCGAAGACUCACAUUUUCAUCUCCCAUCUGAUGUCAGACGAAAUUUCCAGCCGUUGGAACCAAGACCUGAUUUUGAUAUUUCAACCUUCUCUUCAUCCAUGCGAUCGCAAAGGCACUCUGUGGUUUCAAAUACCACUGCUCAAAAGAGUUUAAUUGGCUCCAAUACAAAGCAGGCAACCACAGAGUUGACAACAGAGACCCCAAAUGUAAGCAAUGAAUUGACAUUGGGCAGUAUUCAGGAUUACAAUAUGCUUGGAUCCCCAGCUGGAAUGGAUAUUUCUGACUCUGACUGUCAUCUUCCACUGCGGUUUGAAAAACCUGACUCCAGUCUGCAGUUUCAGGCUCUGGAACCAAGCCCAGAUUAUAGUAUUUCAAUGUCCUCUUCAUCUCAACAAUCUACGAUGUUUGAGAAUCUUUCUGAGGAUUCAAAUACCUCUACACAAAGGAAUGUGACUGGCUUCAAAGCAGAACAGUUGCACAUUAACAGUCCCACUGGGCCAGAAGCAGAGGCCCCUGAUGUAAGCAAUGAAAUAACAGUGGGGCGUAUUCAAGGAAAUAUUACUUUUGCACCCCCAGCUGGACUGGAUAUUUCAGACUUUGAAGACUCACAUUUUCAUCUCCCAUCUGAUGUCAGACGAAAUUUCCAGCCGUUGGAACCAAGACCUGAUUUUGAUAUUUCAACCUUCUCUUCAUCCAUGCGAUCGCAAAGGCACUCUGUGGUGUCAAAUACCACUGCUCAAAGGAGUUUAAUUGGCUCUAAUGCAAAGCUGGCAACCGCAAGCAAGAUCCCAAAUGUAAACAAUGAAGUGACAUUGGGCAGUAUUCAGGAUAACAAUAUGUUUGGUGAACUGCAUAUUUCUGAUUUGCAUUGCUCCAAUCUUAAUUCCACUCCUGACUCGAGAGAGCUUUUCCAGGCUUUGGAACCAAGACCAGAUUUUGAUAUUGCAACCUUCUCUUCAUCCCAGCAGUCACAAAGGCACACUGGGAUGCACAGCUGCGAGGAUCACUCAGAGGAUUCAGAUAUCCCUAUACAAAGACGUUUAAUCUGGUCAAAUGCAGAGCAGUUGCCAUCAGGGCCAGUAACUCCAAUCCCAGAAGUAAGCUGUGAAUUAACAGUGGGGAGUAUUCGAGAUGACUCUACUUUUGUGGACCAAGCUUCAGACUCCUCCAGUCUGCAGCCAGACGCCCCUCUAAGUGAGAACAGCCAGAAUGUGGAGUGCCCUGCUCCUGCAAGACUAACCGCAGAAAGAUUACCAGAACAGGUUCGGCUUGGAAACAUGAUGUCUUCAGCCAGCAAUCAAUACCUUCAGCAAGGUAUGGUCCAGGAUGAAGAAUUUGGUGUGCUGGCAGCAGUAUCUCAGGAUGAUACAGAGUUCUCUCGGCUUUCUGAAACAUCUUUGGAGCACCUGAGACGACAAAGUCUGGAACACCCACAUGACCAACAGCAGGAGUCUUUCUACCAGUUGGCAACAACACAAAGUACAAUAAGUGAUUCAGUUCUUUGUGAACCCCAAAUUGCCGAUUCCUUGAAGUGUGGCUUUGCAGAGAAAGUCGAAGAUGAACACCACUUGCAUAAUUUAAAUGGUUUACAGAGUGACCUGUGUGACCUGCAUGCAAAUGAUUACAAAAAGCCUGUUUCUCAGCAGAGUGUUCCACAGAUAACUAGCUCAGAGAACACUGUUGGACAAGCUGCUAAUCAAGAUGAAUUAAAACUCGAAGCCUCUGUAAAGCAACAUUCCAUCACGGAAACGUCAAAAGAUUUAGGCACUUUCAAGUCGAACUUCAGCAUACCUGUGUGGGUCAAAUAUCCAGAGUCUGGGACUGGAAUCAUGGAAGAACCUGAUCUGACUCUAAUGAGCCUAAAUGAAACCACUUUGCUAGAACAGGAACUAUCCAACAGCAAUAGGGAAGAAACCACAGGGAAUAGAAGUGUGAAACCAACAUGCAUGAGUGAGAAUCUACAGUUAGAAAAUACUGAGGUAAACAAAUCUAAACCUUUGACAGAAGGAUUUCAGAGUUCACAAAGCAAAACCUCUGUGAUGCUGCUGGAGUUCAGUUCCUCACCUGGAAGCUUGCAGAAGUUUUUUCUCAAGAAAAAAAAAGGCCUCAUUCAGAAAUCAUCUAAAAGAGUAGAAAUGAUUAAAACCCGAGAGACACCACUGGCUGUAAAGACUCCUGAAAGUCUCGCAAAGGAUCAGAACUCUCAAAACAGGGCAGAAGUGCCUUCCUCUGCUCAGGUUUGUCUGUUGAAGAAAGUGGGGGAAGUGAAGGUGUGCACUCCAGAACAAAGAAACGCGAAUGAAACAGAAAUGUACCAAAGGACAGAAAGGUUGUAUAAUCAAUUGGAUGAGGUGAGACACAGAAAGGACAUUAAGAUGAGACAAGAAGCAUAUGCCAAAAACCGUGAAAAGGCAAAGGAAUUUCAAAAAAAAACUCUACAGAAACUAAGAGCUAAACAGAUGAAGUGUUGAGGAUCAGACACUGAACUGCUGUUGCUAAAUACUGAAUCUUAGUUCUAUUUUUUUUUUUAAAUAUCUAUUUUGAUCGUAAAUUAUGUUUGUGUAUAGUAAUGCAUUGUAAAUAACUAUUUUCUUAAGUAAUAUUUAUACUAAUUCUCAGUAUUGUAUGUAGACUUGCUUGAUAAAUGCCAGUGUGUACAAAAUUAAUGUGUUUAAAUCAGA